UUUUGUUUGUCAAUUAUUCAUCUUUAUUUACCGCAUUUGUUAUCUGCUGCUGCUGUCCACUGAGACUGCGAUUGAACAACGACCCACGAUGAAAUCCUGGGAGAUUGCUGUGCUAGCACUAGCUGCUGUUUAUCUGUGCACGCAAGUGAGUUUUGUGGCCGGCCUGGAGUGCUAUGUGUGCUCCAACCAGACGGGCAAUACGGAAAAGUGCCUCAACACGAUCAAGACCUGCGAGCCCUUUGAGAAUGUCUGUGGUACGGAGAUCCGUUGGGGCAGCCAACCCUACUUCUCCGAAGGCGCUCUCAAGCAGUACUACGUGUCCAAGCGCUGCAUGACCAAGGAGCAGUGCCAGUCCAAGCGGAAACGCUAUAUGCAGCUCUACUGCACCCACAUCUGGUACGAGGAUUGGGCCUGCAACGAGUGUUGCCCAGGCGAUCGCUGCAACUAUUUUGUGAUUAGUGGUGCUCCUGCCGGACAACGCCAGGCCGUGGGUCUUACCCUGCUGAUGACGCUGCUGGGUGUGGGCUCUUGGCUCAUUCCACGCUCUUAGCCAUACAGGGAAUCUCUCUCAACCCACAUUCCAAUUGUUCCAACCUCCAUACGUUAGAACUCCAGGUAGAACUGUAACCGUUUGCCGUCCAUUUAUCUACUAGUUUGAAAAAGUGCCUUGACUCAACGGGGAAUCGAUUUCCCCAUCGAAUAUUUUACACAUUUCAUACAAAAAACCUUUCGUUCUUAUCGAGUUGCACUUGGUAGGAGUCGAAAUACGUAUAGAUUUAAUCAAGAUAAACAAGAAAAGUGAGAAUAAGCUCAAAGAACAGAGAAGUAUUUUACAAAGUUCAAGAGGACCUAAUCUUUAACACAUCCCUUUCUAAUUUCUACAUUCGCACAAUCCUCUUGUAUUCUGAGGUGUUUUUUACGAUUUCUGAUACACUUUUUAUUAGCCUAUAUCAUAUGUACACGAGACAGACACUAGAGUAUUUUAAAUAAUCCAUUCUUAGAACCCGAGAAAAUGCCUUAUUUUUAGAAGAUAGCUAUAAAAAUCUGUUCCCCUUCGAAUCUCCAACCGCAAUAAAGACAGUUU